UUUGUUUUUGUUGGACUCAAGUUCGUCUCCCAGCUGGUGGCAGUAAGGAACCCACCGUGUCCGACCACAUCCACCUGACGUGAUAUCAUUGCGGGUAACGUCGUGGUCUGUGAGCAGUCUGAGGACGAUCUUCGGUUAGUGAGAUAAAGGUCAGCUCGCGACGCGCAGGCGGCGGACGGGGGGCGCGAGCCGCGCGCGCACGCACGCACGCAAAGAUCAGCCGCCUCGUGGCUUUUCUUCCUUUUUUUGUAACGUUAAUAACGUAACCAAUAACAACCGCUGCUGCCGCUGCGCAGGAGGAGGAGGAGGAGGAGGAGGACCGCGCUGCCCUCCAGGUGCUCCGCUGUGAUUGAAAGACGAAGUUCUACCGCUACGGAGGAGAGAGAACCCCGCACCGAGGACGGGUGGCCGUGCGUGACGUGUUGAAGCGUUAAUCCAUUAAACGCAGCUCGCCAUCGUUUCUUUUGUUAUUAUUAUUUUUAAAUCACUAAUGGGAUUCCUUGAGGAGCGACCUGCCGCCCAUUAACCCCCCUCACCCCCCCCAAGGUAUUGUUGCCAAACAGUAUACAACGUGAACAAGAACAUCGCAUCUCAUCAAAUGUGAGGAUGGACACCAAAUCCGGGAACCUUUGCAAGUUUUUGAUGCGUAUCCUGAGAACUCACUGACUAUUGGAAGAUAAACUGAACUGAGAUUCAUUACACUGCUGUGGUUUUUGACCAGUGCUCCAGGAAAAGUAAUGGAGACAGAAGAGAGGGAGGACGAGUCACAAAACCUCACGGCAAAUAUAAAGACAGAGACGGUGGACGAGACCUCUGGCCACACCUGUGGGGUGUGCGGCCGCAGCUUUCCUCUUCUCAGCUCGCUGUCGCAGCACAUGAGAAGACACACGCGGGAGAAGCCCUACAAGUGUCCGUACUGCGAGCACCGGACGGCCCAGAAGGGCAGUCUGAAGGCCCACAUCCGGAGCCAUAAACUAGGCCUGUUCAGCCACGACCUCAGUGACAAGGGAGGGGCUGGAGGUCGAGAGCAGAAAGAUGACCCCGAGACACCCGACCGUCCUGAAAGUGUCAGCGCAUCCGACAAAGCUCAAGAUGUCAACACGAAAGUGAAGAAGAAAGCAACCAAGAAAAAGGUUAAGGGCAAAGAUGCGAUCGCGCUAAGCGAUGGGCCCGACGAUGGGUCCUGCACCUGCAGCAUCUGUGGCCAGGUUUUCCCUCAGGUACUCCUCCUUAAAUCCCACAUGAAAAGGCACCGCAAUUCACAGGAUCACGGUUGCCGGAUUUGUGGACGCCGUUUCCGCCAGGCGUGGUUCCUCCAAAGUCACAUGCGCAUUCACCGGGUCAAGGCCCAGCUGAGGGGCGGCAAAAGCAAUGAGCCGCCCGCCACCAUCAACGGCGUUCCCCAGGACCCGGCGUCGCUCGCAAACGAGGAGUGCCUGUUUGAGCUCUGCGCUGGCUGUGGGAACUUCUUCAAUGACCGCAAGACUUUACGAACACACGAAAAGCUCCAUAAACCGACCCACAGCCGCACCGCGACACCACCGGAAGGGGCCGAUCCCUCCGAGCUGCACGCUGCUAAGAGGCAGUUUUUGGAAAGCCUGAGCCUCACACGUGCUGGGCCGAGGGAAAUGUCGGAGGACAAGAGCGCUGGCAGGCGAAUUCCGGAGCUGGACCCGAUUUGUAGUUACCAGGCCUGGCAGUUGGCCACUAGGGGGCGACUAGUGGAGGCCACGGAGAAAUGUCUGGGAUGGGAGGAGAGGCUGGCGGAUGCUGAGGUGGCGUUCGACACAGAAAAGGGCGAGUAUGUACCUCUGAAGCAGGAGAAGAGGAAGCAAACAGACACCUCCGGCUCCAACAUUAAGAAGAUUAAAGGUGAAACGGGCCCCGAGCACUCGUCAAACGGCUUGACUCACACUAAAGGUGGAGACAAGAAGAUUUCUCAGAAAGACCGGAUUUUGUUAAACGGACUUGGACAUGCGUUUUAUGAGGCGCUGCAGACUAAGAAAGUCAAAGAUGUCCACCUCACACCCAGACGGAGCAACAGCAAAGGAAGCCAAGACCAGGAGGAUAAAAAAACAUACUUCUGCGAGCACUGUGAUUUCCACACUGUCGACGCCUCACUACUCAAGUCUCACCUUCAAAGGCAGCACCAAGACCUCUUGGGUCCCCACAGCAAACACAGCGUGGCUGUGGACAACAGCAACCAGAGUGGUUCCAAAGCCUCACGAUACAUGGACUACCUCAGGAACAGGAGUUUGUUGCUCAGUCAGCCAUAUUGGAAUCCUUACACAUGCACACCUGGCCCAGGGUCAUCAGCAUCACACAUUAAGACAGAGAAGUCAAAUGGUACAGAGGUCAAAGGGCAGGGACACACCACUGAUGCCGGAAGUCUUCUUAAUCUGUCUUCACUACCCGAAAGUGAAGGCGAGGCCUCCGUCACUGAUCCAAAAAAGACAGAGGGUCUGGUAAGACAUCAGUGCCCGUACUGCUCCCACACUACCAACUACCCAGAAGUGCUGUGGAUCCACCAGCGAGUUGCACACAGGGUGGACAGCAGCAGCUCCAUGGCACCAAAGUGGGCCCCCUGCAUUAACAGCAACAAGAGUCUGAAGGCGGCUGGUAGCCAGUGGAGACGCACAGGGCCGCCACCAUUCCUCGAAGGAAAGGACUGUCCGGCUCUACCUGCUCCAAGAACUCAGCGCACACAGCCUCCAGGGUUGACAACCUCCAGCAGCACCGGCACCAGCAGUAAGCACUCAGCUCCCAAGACCCAGCCAGGCGUCCCAAAGUCCAAGCCUCAGCCUAAGGACUCGCGCUCUUCGGAGGGGACACAGUCCAGCGGGAGGACGGGACCUGUGGCUCAAAAGAAGUCCGUCGAACAUAACCGAGGGCAGAAGGUGGGGAGUAAAGGUUCCGGCACUCGAGGCACUUCGUCAAGCAGUUCUGUGCACAGCAAAGGCUCCUCUGGUUUCCAGCCCACAGACAGCCCCAAACACAGAAGCCACAGAGCGCCGGCGGAAGCAAACUUCCCACAGGAGGGUUUGGGUUUCAUGUUGGCCAGAAAUCACGGCGGAGCUUCCUCUAACGUUUCUGCAGAUAGACCCCAUUCCCGGAGGCAGUCGUGUGACUCAUCCUCAGGUCCCAGGGGUCCUGAUCUGUGGGCCGCCAUGAACAUGUGGGGUCACAAAGCAUAUGUGGAGCCAGUCCGUUUUGCUCAGGUAAAGAAUGAAUCAACAGGAGAGGUGCCAAUGGACAUUGAUAUUUUGAGUCUCCUGAAAAACUACAGUCCCAAUGACCUGGCUGCCGUUUACCAGCACUGGGGGUUUGUUGAUCCCAGGAUUGAUCCACAAGCAAUGUUGCAGUUAAAUGGAAAUUUUGGCAAAGAAGUCCACUCCACCACUGAAGCUUCCAAACAAGUCAACAGCCGCUCCACUUCCUCCUCAGGGUCACUUCAUAAAGGAACGUGAAGUUACAUGGUGUUGCUGUUCGCUCCCAGCCUGCAUGAUAGAGAACAAGGCCCACUGUCCUUUAAAAAGGAACCAGCCAUAACUGCUAAGAGGAUUGAGGCACUGGAUAAUGCAGCAUAUAUGCAAUGCAAUGAGGUGGACUCUUAUUUUGUAUUAUGGUUGUUUAAUUCAAAGUGUUUUACAUGUUUUUUUUGUGUUUGUAGAUAUGUUAGUUAUCAAAACACACAGGUUCUCUGGAAAUAAGUUAGAACUGUCUUGAAAUUUUGUCAGGGGUGUCGUUUAAAUGAAAUGUGAUGUUUCAUUAACUAUUAUAUUGGCUAGAGGUAGAAAGAGCCAAAAGCUGUGACCGGAGCUUCACAAUUACCUCCAUAUACACUGUAUGUUUAUUUAUCUUUUACAAGCAGCUUUAUGGGUGUAGAAUGGUAUUUCUUUUGUUUUAGGGUUAUUACUAUAUUCGAUUGUCUCAACAUUCAGCUUAUCGUCACAGUGAGCUUUGAGUUCUAAAGUCUUUUCAGUCCUCAAUCACAAGCUGUGGACUAACGUCAGUUCGAGCAACUGGAAAAAUAUUUCUCCCCAACACUGUAGCUGUAACACAAUUGGUUUCUGGCCAACUACUGCUAAACCGUGCCAUCAUUUUGGUAGAACAGCACCAUCGUAAUCAAGGUAAUCAAUACCUACUCACCAACACACAGUGUUGCUGAAGGGCAUCAGUGGAUCUGCGGCAAGUUAACGGACUGCUCACUUCCAGUUUACUCCUCGUGAAUUCUACAACCAUUCUAGCUAUUUAGUUCAUGCUUUUUUUGACCGGUUUUGAAUCCAUGUAAAAAAGAGCAAGCGGGGCUGCGGACAUAUUAACUCAACAUAUGACCCCCGUGACAAAUUCAUAGCUACUGGCAAUCUUUAGAUCCAGACAAUCAUUUGAUGUGUGAAAAUACCUAAAGUGGUGGACGUCGUCGUAGCCAGUCUGUCACUCGUUAGUCUGUGAAAGGGACAAAUACAGUGAAACGUGGCCGUCCUGCUUUACCAUUCUACGUUUGAGAUGUGAAGUGAUCCUUUUUUCUUUCAGAAAGAUGGCGCAAACAUGCUGCUGUUGCUGUAACAAUUUAAUGCUGUGAUUUUUAGAAGUAGAAAUGUAGCCAUUAUGGUUUCUGCCGAUGUGGCCCUGACUUCCCGCUUAGACGACUAAAGAGACUGCAAAUUAUCGUUUGAAUUUUUGAAGUUCACCUCAUUCUAAAUUGUGUUUUUGUGUGUUGUAUGUUUGCCGAUCCGUUAGUAAGUUCAAAUUUUAGUUCAAAUUCAGUGUUUUGAGCUCCCAUAGAGAAACAGUCUAUGCACUUGACAAAAAGCCAUCAACUUCUCGGGUGAUCUUGAGGAUACACAAUUUAUUGUGGGAGUACUGACUUUGAUCUGUGUGACAGACAGUUUUUUGAUAAAUAUUGUAUCGGUUCAUUUUAUUUAAAAAGGUAUUUGUUUUGUUUACUAAGGGUGUGAUUUUCACUCUAAAGUACUUUGUAUUUGUAGUAACAGGGAAAAAAACAACAAAAAAAGAAGGCCGGAGAGUCAGUGGCUU